CCCCUCCCUUCCUCGUUGCCUCUCUCCCUCCCAAUGCAUCGUUAGCCCGGUACAGCUAGCAGCAGCAGCUAGCAGCAGCAGCUCACCAGGCCAUAUCGGCCGGCCGGUGCAUCAUCAUCAUCAUCAUCAUACUCAGCUUCCAGCCAUGGCGUUGGUGACUCUGCAGCGGUCUCCGACCCCGAGCGCCGCUUCCACCGGGAGCACAGCAACCACGGCCGCGGGGGAGGAUUUUGGGAGUGAAGAUGAACGGCGAACAAAUCAGAGCCUGAGUGAGAGCUUCUUCAUGGUGAAGGGUGCUGCUCUUUUCCUGCAGCAGGGAAGCAGUCACCAAGGCCAGAAAGCACAUCCCCACCACAAACAUGCAGCUCGCACUGCGGCAGAUGCGGUGCGGCUGGAGAGUGCGUGGUCAGACCGUGUGCGGUACAUGGUGGUGGUGUACACCAGUGGGCGACAGGACACGGAGGAGAACAUCCUUCUGGGAAUCGACUUUACAAGCAAAGACUGCAAAAGCUGUUCAAUCGGCAUGGUGCUACCUCUGUGGAGCGAUACCAAGAUCCACCUGGAUGGAGAUGGGGGUUUUACGGUGAACACGGCUGGUCGGACUCACGUCUUCAAACCCGUGUCGGUGCAGGCUAUGUGGUCAGCUCUGCAGGUGCUGCACAAAGCCUGUGAGGUGUCACGCAGGUGUAACUACUUCCCUGGGGGAAUGGCUCUCACCUGGAUGGGCUACUAUGAGAGCUGCAUUGCUUCGGAGCAGAGCUGCAUCAACGAGUGGAACGCCAUGAAAGACUUGGAAACCACUCGGCCAGACUCGCCCUCCAUGUUUGUGGACAAGCCUUCAGAGCGAGAGAGGACAGAGUGCCUUAUUAAAGCCAAACUCAGAAGCAUCAUGACAUGCCAGGAUCUCGAGAACGUCACCUGCAAACAGAUUCGUACAGAGUUGGAGCAAAAUAUGAACUGCAACCUGAAGGAGUACAAAGAGUUCAUUGACAAUGAGAUGCUGCUGAUCCUGGGCCAGAUGGACAAAGCCACUCUCAUCUUUGACCACGUCUACCUGGGCUCUGAGUGGAAUGCGUCUAAUUUGGAGGAGCUGCAAGAGACUGGGGUGGGCUAUAUCCUCAACGUUACACGGGAGAUAGACAACUUCUUUCCAGGGACAUUCAGUUAUCACAACAUACGUGUCUACGAUGAGGAGGCCACUGACCUUCUGGCUCACUGGAAUGACACGUACAACUUUAUUGUUAAAGCAAAAAAGAAUCAGUCCAAAUGUCUAGUUCACUGCAAGAUGGGUGUCAGUCGAUCUGCGUCGACUGUCAUCGCUUACGCCAUGAAGGAGUUCGACUGGUCACUGGAGAAGGCGUACAACUUUGUCAAGCAAAAGAGGAGCAUCACGCGACCAAACUCAGGUUUCAUGAGACAGCUGGCAGAGUAUGAGGGCAUCCUGGACGCCAGCAAACAGAGGCACAACAAACUGUGGCAUCCAGAUGCAGACUGUGAGAUGUCGGAAGGACAGCAGGCCCAGUGCUGUGAAGGCGAGGCCAGAGGUCACCUGACCCCUGAGCCAGGCAUGUCUCCCUGCUGUGAUGAGGCACUGUCUGAUAAAGGUGCAGCAUGCCCCUCCCCAUGCAGGACUGUUUCACUGGAUAUUGACCCCGCCUACAACAACUACUAUUUCCGCCGGCUCUCUGACUCGGCACUCGACAGCGAACCGUCGACGCCCGUGCGUGGCCCCCCGCUUCUCGGCAUGGAAAAGGUCUUUAUAGAAAUCGAGGACGUCGAGCGAGACGCGCUGCUGGACGACGAGGCCUUUGAUGGGCGUGAAGCCCUGCCUCUCCCUCACUUAAGGCCGACGGCAGAAGGAACCGCUGCACAGACGUGUAGUCGUUGCCCUGAGCCCCUGGAGGAGCUGCGUCUGAGGCUGGAGUUCAGCACAGUGGAGGAGGAGGACGAGGAGGAGGUGCAAAAGGAGGAGGCAGAGAUGGAGGUGCUGAUGCAGCCAGAUGAUGGAGGGGGCGGGGGAGGAGGCAGAGGAGAGGAUGGCAUGGACUUGGCGACCCUCAAUGAAAAUUCCAACAACAACAACCAUUUGAGCUCUUCAUAUAACCACAGUGGAAAACCUUCCUCCAUCCUCCCUCCUGCUGAUUCUUCUACACCGUCAUGGCCAGAAUCGAAGUCCCUUCAGAAAGUAGGAUCUUCAACCCCGACCUCUACGCUUUGCCUUAAACCCAUUCCUCCUCAAGUGUCAAGUGCUUCAUUCCCACAGUCCCGUACCUCCUCUGAAGGCCUUGCGUCUUCAGUGGGGCUGUCGCACUCCUGUGACCCUCUGUGUGACUGUGCCAACUGUGCCGCCUCCACACCCACAGCUCUAAUCGACAGAGAGGAGCAGCCAGAAGAAUCCCCACAUCCUGAUGACAGUGGUGUCUUGCUGGAAGGAAAUACUGAGCCUGACAACAGUUGGUCUGCGGAGCCUCUUCCUGAGCUGGUGAGAAUGGAUUUCGAGGAGGCGACGUCUGCAGUGGCUUGUUUCCUUGGCCAACCGCAGGAGACCCUUUCACAGCUGGGGAGAUCUGGGCUGGUCCGCCGUUGUGCAGAGAGACUGGAGAAACUUUCAGGUUCGUCACAAGAUUGCCCACACUCUCUGAAGCCUUUGCACGCAUGCCAAAAGUCCAAUAAGAGCCCCCUUUGCACUGAGGAGGGAGAGGAAUUCUCCAGCUUUACUGGAGACAUUAUUAAGUCCUCGACACCAUGCCAAGUGAGGUUAGAGCCACUGGUGAUGCCACCGACCAAUGAAGCCUUGUUGGGGGUGGUGGGAUCUGGGCUGCUCACUCCUACCUCCUCACCUCAUGGCUCCACCCUGACACGCAGCUCCAGCACUGACAGUCUGCGCAGCGUCAGGGGGAAACCCGGCCUUGUUCGCCAGAGGGCGCAGGAAAUCGAGACCCGCAUGAGGCUUGCGGGUCUGACUGUACCCUCGAGGCUGAAGAGGUCCAACUCUUUGGCCAAGUUGGGCAGCCUCAACUUCUCCUCUGAAGACCUGUGUUCAGUCUGCUCCUCAGAUGCAGGAACACUGCUGCUCCUCUCACUGUCCCCAGAGCCAGACCCUGGCCGGGAGUGGAGCUCCCCCACCACCUACAAGGGACUGUCCACUCCCGAGAGAGCACUACCAGGUGAGCCCAGAAGCUGACACACCACGUGGAGGUCACAUACGCUUCACCCAGCCCUCCGUGUGUCAUCUUGUGGAGCUGCAGAUAGUUGUACAUAUAUUCUUGAAAAAGGAAAGAGUUGAAAAAUGUUUAAAAGAAAAAAGAAAACAAUGAUGCCAACUGUUGUACACACUCCUUUGCCACAUUGUUUCUCAAACUGCUGUUCACAUUUAUAAAAGUCAUAUUGCUGUAUCUGACGAGUGUGUAAGCCAUCAGUUCACCUCUCACAUGGUUUGAGUCAUGGACAAACAAAGUGCCUUACCUACGAGACCAGAGGCACACUGACUGUUGUGUGUUUGACUGCAGGACGAGAAGGUACAAGAAUAUUAACCUUUAACUCCGACCACAGUUAGUACCUGAUAUGUACUAAGUCACAGUUUUCAUUGGCAAAUAGGAUUUAAAUGUACUAUCUGAUACAAAGUAGCAGCCGGCGCGUUGAUGAACUUGAAUCCCUCAGUGGAGCUUGACAAGAACGUUAAGUGUUAAAUAUAUGUAAAGUUGUUUACCGCACAGUUUAUGUUUUAGAUGCUCAAGGGGUUAAAAAUGAAUGGUUACCUCAUGUUGCAUUCAUGGAGCUCUUUCUCAGACAAACGCUGGGCUGGAGUUCAGUCCAGUUCAUUUUGCUGACGGCGAGGUAAAGUGAGGAAAUCAUUUUUUUUUAACAAAAUGUAAUGCAGAGGUGUGUGUGUGUGUGUGUGUUAAUGCUCGGCUGCGUGAGUGUUCUCUGAGUGAGUGGACGGGGAUGAAUGGCGGCAGGUUGUGUGAAGGUCGGGGGCUUUGUUUUCGCCAGAGACAUUCUCACUGUUUUCAACAAACACAGCACAGAAAACAACGUUUCUGCGUUUGUUGUUGUUCCUUUGCACUGCUUUUUGUGAAUACUGGUACACGGCAAGCUAUCUUCCAAAAUAACAUUAAGUGUAAUGUUAUUGACCUCAUCAUCAUUCCCGACAGUGUACAGUGUUUUUUGGGCGAGCAGAGAGCGUGUGGAGUCACGCUGCAUGGCUUGAAAUCAUAAUUAGGGCUGCAACAAAUAUUAAAUUAUUAACCUUUUAACACCUUAGCCUCAAAAUGUCUGUCUGGACUUUUGUUUUUUUGCUUAUAACCAUAAAAGGGCCAGAACAUGUCUGUGAGUAAGUGUUUUUGCCCUUUCUUUCAGAAUAGCUGUCAAUAUCUAGCAGUUAAAAUUUACUGCAUGUUAAAAUAGUGUACGUUUGAAAUUUGGACAGUAUAGACAUAAUUAAAAUAACAUUGGUUUGACUUUUUGUCUCAAUGUGUAAAAACAGGCCAAAAAAACAACGUAAACUAUGCACAAGCGUUUUUCCAACUGUCUCCUCUCUGGUAACAAAGACUCUGAUUCCUGCAACAACAUGAGUGAAAUUACCUUAAUAACCACAAUGUUGGCUUUGACGUGCAACUUCUCAGCUUUCAGAAACCGUUGGAAUUUAUCCGAUAGCACAAACCACUGAGUAAUAAUGUGUCGCCUGUUAUACGCUCAGUGUUAAAGGGAUUUAAUUGAUUACUUAAUUAGUUGACAAAUAUUUUGAUAGUCAAUUAAUCUGUUUGAGGGAUUUUUAGCUUCUUAAAUGUGAAUAUUGUCAACAAAGAAGUUGUUUUUGGACAAAACAAGACAUUUAAAAAUCAUAAUUUCAACAUUUUCUGACAUUUUACGGACCAAACAAGUACUUGAUUAAUGGAAAAAAAAUAAUCGGCAGAUUAAUCGAUUAUGAAAAUGAUCGUUAGUUGCAGCCCUAAUCAUACUACAAAUGUCAAAUGUGACAGGAAGUGAGAAUUUAUGUCAGUCCAAUCAUGUCAUGUAUCUCGGGGGUCCCCCCCCCAAGCUUGAAGUCUUAUCUUACCUGAAGAGCAGAAACACUUUAAAAACUUUAUAAACAGAACGUUCUUAUAUUCAUCCUCGAGGUUUGCCAAUUGUCAUUUGUGCUUUUAUUUAGUUUUUUGUUGUUGUUUUAUUUUAUUUUUAAUUAUUUUUGAAAUGUGAAAGACCAAAGUUGCUUUGCUGUCUCCACAAAUUGGAAAACGCCAUUGAAGCUGUUGAAAACAUGUGAAUCGUAACAAUAAUAAUAGGAAUCAUGUCAUGUUGGUGAUUUAAAUGCUGUCACACCUUUUUGCACCUUUUCUGGGGAGAAACACGACAGAGACUCGUCUGCUGGAGUCGUCGGGCUCAUAGCUGUUGAAGCUUUUUACGCUCAUAUCAUCGAUGGGUUCUAAAGCUUUUGUCGCGGCGGCGGCGUGACCGAGACCACAAUGGGUUACUUCACAGUUAUGUAACCAUUUUCUUUUUUUUUUUUAUAUUUAUGCAGUAACUUUUGUACUGUACAUUGCUGUAGUUUCGAUGCAUAUUGCACUUUUUAUGUUGGUUGAAAUGAUGUACCGUAUGUGUGUGUGCGUGUGUGUGUGUGUGUGUGUGUGAAUCAUGAGAAUAAACAUUUCUUUUACAUAAUAUAACCACUGAUUCUGUUCUCUUCUUGC